CGCUGCGCCCAGCGCACUCGGGCGUGUGCAAGCGCAGCGAGCCGCGAGUCGGGCGGGCGCCCUGCGGAGGCGCCAGCCCGUCCCCUCCCCGUCCCCGUCCCCGGAGCCGCUCCUGCGGAACGCUCCCUCUCGGCGCAGUGGGGCUGCCGCAGCCUCCCUAGUUCUCUCGGCGGCGCCCCCACCCCACCCCACCCCGAGCCCGCGGGACGCCCGAGCUCGCUGCCUCCCCCCGGCCGCGGCUCCCGAGAGCGGCGCACCUGCCCGCCCGCCCGCGCUGACAUCACCGCCCCGCCCGACCGCCGGUCCCCGCGCAGAGGCUGCUCGCCGGCGCGGACGGAGCGGGCACCCGGCGCCAGCAUGAGGCUGAGCCCCGCACACUACCUGCUGCCGCUGCUGCCGCUGCUGCCCGCGCUGGUGCUCGGCGCCAGACAGGACUAUGAGGAGCUCCAGAAGCAGCUGAAAGAAGUCUUUAAGGAGAGAAGCACCAUCCUCCGCCAGCUCACAAAGACAUCCCGGGAGCUGGAUGGGAUUAAAGUCAACCUUCAGUCUUUAAAGAAUGAUGAACAGUCUGCCAGAACUGAUGUUCAGAAGCUUCUAGAAUUGGGCCGGAAACAAAGAGAAGAAAUGAAGUCUCUCCAGGAGUCCUUGCAAAAUCAACUUAAAGAGACAUCUGAGAAAGCAGAGAAACACCAGGCAACUAUUAAUUUUUUAAAGACUGAAGUGGAAAGAAAAAGCAAAAUGAUUCGAGACCUUCAGAAUGAGAACAAAAGCUUGAAAAACAAACUCUUAUCUGGAAGCAAGCUCUGUGGGAUUCAUGCAGAAGAGUCAAAAAAAAUCCAAGCCCAGCUGAAGGAACUUCGUUACGGGAAGAAGGAUUUACUAUUUAAGGCCCAACAGCUUACGGAUCUGGAACAAAAAUUAGCAGUAGCCAAAAAUGAACUGGAAAAAGCUGCUCUUGACAGGGAGUCACAGAUGAAAGCAAUGAAAGAGACAGUGCAGCUCUGUCUGACCUCAGUUUUCCGAAACCAACCUCCGCCUCUGAGCCUGAUCACAUCCAACCCGGCCCAGGUGCCCCUUCCGCCCAGGACAAUUGCAGGGAAGAUCCCAGAUGCAAGGACAAAGAGCCAGCCUCAGGAAAGUGCUUCAGGAAACAAGGAGACCUCUGGAAUUGAGUCAACAAAAGAAGAAAAUCCAAGUACCACUGUGUGUGAUUCUCAAGAUGAGGGAAAGACCUGUUCAAUGGAGCACAAAGAAAUGCCACUGCAGAAUCAGAGAAAUGCCGUGAGAAAUGCCACUGCGGAAUCAGAGCCGGUCCCACAGAAAUUGCAAAUGCCUCCUUGUUCUGAAUGUGAGGUGAAAAAAACCCCAGAAAAACAGAUAACCAGCUUUGAAGGCACAGCACCCCGAGAAGAAAAAAUACUGUAAAUACUGGAAAACCACUUUGAAAACAUCCAUUUGCUAUUGUCUUCAUACUCUUUUUAGACUACAGGCUUGAUGGAAAUACCAAGUUUAUAAAGCAUGCAACUUUUUCACAAUUUUAUGUAACUUUAUAAAGUAGUCCAGAAACUCCAAAAGAUUCCAGACCGAUUAUGAUCCUUAAGCAAUAACCUACUUGAAAUGGAUUAAUGCAGUCAUAGAUAUUUUACUGUCAUCGCUAAAUUGCUAAGUAUAAGUUGGCGUACUUUGAACUAACAUGCAACAUAACACUUGAUUCCCUGUGUUCAUUUGGAUGCUAGUAUUUCUGUGCUCUAGGUAUUGAGAUCAAUUGGAGAAUAAACUACUGUUAAUCCUUGGUAUUUUUAGAAUCCAAAUUGUAACCACAUCCUAAAGGUUUUGGGCCAUACCAGCAAAUUGGGGUCAGCAUCAUUCAAAUUUGGAAUUUUUUCUACCUUACUAUAUUCUUUUUUUGAUCCUGUUCAUCACAAUUCUUACUGUUUUGAUCUAAUGAUAAUUUUGUCUAGCUAUGACAAGGCAAAUCUGACAAAGAUUUAGUCAGUAAAUAGAAACCUUUGAAUAUGUUUGGAAUGAUGUAGACAAACUAUUUGGAGAAAUGAUCAAAUUUCUGACACAAUUGAAAUUUUCUUUUCUACAUUCUAUAGUCUCAUAUUUUAUGUACAUCUACUAAAAUUAUUCCAAUUUGGGAAUUGGGUUUGAAAUGCUAUGAUUCUUUUUUUUUUUUGGUCCUGGGGAUCGAACUCGGAACCUUGCACUUGCGAGGCAGGCGCCCGAACCACUGAGCUAAAUCCCCGGCCCAUGAUUCUUUUUUUUUUACAAAAUUGGGUAGUAGAAUAUAGGGUAGGAAGAAGUCUCUAAAAUACAAAUAUGCAACCUGAUGAAUAUAUAUAUAUAUAGAGAGAGAGAGAGAGAGAGAGAGAGAGAGAGAGAAAUUGGCAUUUGAUAAAAGUAAAAUACCUGUGUUGACUCAAUGAAUAGAAUCUCAUUAAAAAAAACUGUUGUAUUCAUUAAAACAAAUAAGUAAAGUUUGCUUUAAUCUUUGAAGCUAGGUUUCUGUGUAAGAAUAUUAACAAAUAACUUCACAUGUGAAUAAUCUUAAUAUGGCGCACCAUCAAAAGGGACUUAAACUUGAACAAUAAUUCAAUAUCUGAUAUUAUCAGUAGUGAAUCAAACUUGCAAAUUGAACAUAAUGGAUUAAUGGAUGUAGGUUAUUUGCACCAAAUGCAUUCACUUCUGUUUGUACCAAAUGGAUACACAUUGAAUAAGUGCAGAAAGGAUAUAAAAUCAUUGAUUUUACUGAAUGAAUCUGCUAAUUAACAAAUUCAUUUGUACCAGUGCAAUCUAGUAGUGAGUAAAUAAAAAUAAACUAAAUGAAAUCUGUAAUCAAUAUCCUAAGUUCUGAGUUAGAACAACAUACAUUAGAUCCCCAUCGAGUAUUCCAGUCAGUCUGACUGAGAGAAUUACAAAGUAUCAUUAGCAGUAAAAGAAAUAUUGUGUUAUAUUUACAUAGCAAUUCUACUGGCUUAGUUCAAGGUCCUUUAUCGUACUUUUAACAUAACUGUCUAGUUCAGAAAGAAAGAGAAGUGAUUUUAUAGAUAACCCAUACAGUUUUCAGAGGAAGUACAGGUAAUGAGGAAGAAAAAUAUUAAGGUUCAGUCUGAAUUUUUUGCUGAGAUUUUCCCAGUUCUAAAGAACGUUUAAUGCUAUGUGGCACUGUGUUACUAGCUUCAGAAUUCCUGUUUCUCCCUACUCAUUCUAAGUGCCCUAAACAUUUCCAGAGAUUUACAAAAGAGAAGCAGAUAAUUUCAGUUUAAUUUAGGUUUACUUUCCUGUUCUUGCCCUGCAUCUAACUUUCCUCCCAGGCAAUGUGGUUCCCAUGGAAAGUUAAUCACAAUCUCACCAUAACACUGCGUGAUUUGAGACACUUCAAAUCGUUAGGAGAUAAUGUUGAAAAAUGAGGAUGUGGCUUAAUACUAGUCAAGUUUCUAGAACUUUAUUCUGUAGUUAUUUAUUGUGUUUGUCUUGUGAUUUCCUAUCCUACAUAGUAAAUGCUCAUAUAAUGAAUUUGCUUUUCUCGGUUUCUGUUAUGAUUAAAUGAUCUCUCAAUCAGCAUAAUUUAUUUUUCCCCUUUAAAAUAUGUAAACUUAAGGACCCCUCAGAGUUUACUCUGGUAUAUGUAGUGCAUAAUUUACACCCAUCCCCCCAAAAAAGAAACCCAGAAAUUGUAGCAGAAAGCUUUUAUUUCCAUUUUUCAUAUAGAUGCUGCUGAAGGUACCACAUUAUUUGCAUUUUUAAAGACAUAUUCUGCGAGUUCCUUUUAAUACAGAGUCUGCAAAAAAUGUAUAGACACUUCAGGAAAAGACAAACUUGUAUAAACAUUUUAAGGCUAAAUUUAUUGAGACAUCAUGGGAUAAAUGUGAGGUACCUUUGGCCUCUGUAAUUACAAGAGGUCCUCAUGGUGGUGGUCAUGAGUUUCCAGACUUUUAUUAGUACUGUGAACGGCUCCUUGGGUGGCCGUGGUCAUUGAGUCUGCUGCACAUGCAUUUUGAGUUUCUUCCCAAAGGACCAGCAGUGUAGUUGGUUUUCUGUGAUGUAGGACAUCCUCUAGGGUCUCCAUACCAGGGUAACGUCAUCUGUUGAAAAAACAUCAUGCUGUUUUUCUUCUCAUAAAGUGUAUAUACAUUCUUUGGCAGACUAUAAUUAAAUAAGGCAUUAUUUUGUAGUAUAGUCUACACCUGUAUUUAAGUUAAUUCAUUUUUCCCCUCAAUACUUUAAUUGUUUUAAAAUAGGACCUGAGAGGUUUAAAAAGUUUUUCUUACAUGUGUGCUAUUUAUCUGUAAGAGAGGUAGCAUUUCUUAUUAUUUCUUUUAACAACUAUGUAUAUAAAUAAAUGUUGCUUUUGAGAAAUUAACUUUUAUAUCCCAAGUAUCCAUAGAUAGAGAAAAAUCAUUAAGCAAACUGUUGACUAUAGAUAGUCUAAUUCUAUUAUGUACAUGGCAUGACAGACAUUGAAAGACUGUAAAUUCUGUAGACUAUGGAUUCCUAUUGAGAAUAUAAAACCAUCCUUUCCAACAGAGUAACUUGUUUUUAAUAUAGGUACCGCAAGAAGUAAAAGAAAUGUAAUUUCUCUCUGGUUAUUUUUAAAUGCUUAUCAAAUACUACACAUUCAUCUCUAUGUUAGAAAUUUAGUUUAGAUUUUGUCUUACUGUUUGCAUAUUAGCCACAUAAAUGGAAUCAGUGCCUAAAAUGUAUAAAUGAACGCUGUUUCUAUCCAGUGCAACCAUCCUCAGAAGAAAACCGAGUAAUUUCAGUCACCCAUCUGGAUGUGGUUUCCUAUGUAAUCUCAAGUAUCUGAAUGCUGAGAAUACUGUGUGUCCUACUUUUUUCAUUGUCAAGCAGAUAUUUAAUAUCACACUGCUAUUUCAGUGACAAUUGUUUUUUAUAAAACAUUCUCAGCUGCAAGUCAAAAAAUGGUUAUGUGUGUGGAGGAGACAUUUACUGCUUUAGUUGAACACUAGAUUGCUGGACUAAAACAAUAUUUGUGAACUUUGCUAUAAUGGAAUCUUUUAUUUUUAUAGCUCAGGUACAGUAAUUAGCACUAACAGCUGCAUAGACUGAAGUGAUUAUUGACACACAGAGUAGGCCAAGCUGGACAGACUUAAGAGUAAGGAAAACACACACUUCUUUAUUUGGGGGACAUUUUCUUACUCAUGUGUACAGUCUUAAAUUCCCCCAAAUUGUGUAUCCAUCUGGAUGGUCUUAUGUAAUGAAUGGUAAAGUGAUGAUGAAUAAAAAGUGCUGAAAGAUG